GCGCGGCGGGGCCGGGACCGGGCGCUGCGGCGCCAUGAAGGACUGCGAGUACCGGCAGAUCCCGCCGGGGGUAGCGGGGCCGGGACCGGGUACGGUUGUUUCGUCACCUCCGUUAUCCACCGGGCCGGAGCGGGCCGGGCCGGCCCGUCGUCCCCGGCGGAAGUGGGAGGUGUUCCCGGGCCGUAACCGGUUCUACUGCGGCGGUCGCCUCAUGCUGGCUCGGCACAGCGGAGUCUUCGCUCUCACCCUCGGCCUCAUCCUGGCCACCAGCGGCCUCUUCUUCGCCUUCGACUGCCCCUUCCUUGCCAGUCACCUCACCUUGGCCAUCCCCAUCAUUGCAGCCAUCCUCUUCUUCUUUGUCAUCAGCUGCCUGCUCCAGACAAGCUUCAGAGACCCGGGUAUCCUGCCCAGAGCCACCCCAAGUGAGGCCGCAGACCUGGAAAAGCGGAUUGACAGCAUGGGUACCUCUACAUAUCGCCCACCAGCCCGCACGAUGGAAGUGGUCAUAAACAAGUAUGUGGUGAAACUCAAGUACUGCUACACCUGCAAAAUGUUCCGCCCUCCACGCACCUCUCACUGCAGUGUCUGCGACAACUGUGUCGAGAGGUUUGAUCACCACUGCCCCUGGGUGGGCAACUGCGUGGGGAAGCGCAACUAUCGCUACUUCUAUGCCUUCAUCCUCUCCCUCUCCUUCCUGACAGCCUUCAUCUUCGCCUGUGUUGUCACCCACCUCACUCUGCGCUCUCAGAGAGAUGGAUUCCUUGCCACUCUGAAGACAACACCUGCAAGUGUGCUGGAGCUGGUGAUUUGUUUUUUCUCAGUCUGGUCUAUUUUGGGCCUCUCAGGUUUUCACACUUAUUUAGUUGCUUCCAACCUGACGACAAACGAAGAUAUCAAAGGGUCCUGGUCGAAUAAGAGGGGUUCAGAGUUUGCCAAUCCCUACAGCCAUAAAAGUAUCCUCACAAACUGCUGUGCAGUGCUGUGUGGACCAUUCCAUCCCAGUUUGAUAGACAGAAGAGGAUUUAUCCAGCCAGAUGUCGGGACCCCGGCCAGUCCUAAGAGCGAAAUCCCUUCCUUUGGAGCCAAAACUGACACCAGCAUGUUUAUUUAUUAUUUUUUGUUUCACUGUGAUGUGGCCUGUCUGGACUUUGGACUGAGAGAGCCCAACAGCAUGCAAGACCCUCAGAUUUGUGCAGAAAGCAGGGGGUUCCUGCUGCACCUGGGAAGCAAAUAGGUCUGGGGAGCCACUAGACCUUCUGAGUCCGGAGCGUCUGCUCCUGGGGAUCACUGUUUCCUGCCAGGAGUAAUGAGGUGGGCCGAUGAUGGGAGCUGGGGACUGGCAAAGGGUUCCCGCUCUGAGCUGGGCUGUCACAGCUCGUCUUCUGGGCUGGUGGAGUCAUAAGUUCCCUGUUAUCCCUGUUAUCUUCAUGAACGUGUCCUGCUCCCCUGUGCUGACGUGGAAGGACUGUUCUGUCUCUUAAUGGCUGGGUUCUCACCUUGACCGCUGCCGGAUUGGCUUUUCUUUUCCAGAAGUGGUUGUGUCUCGGUAAUUCGGGGCUCUUCAGCUGGGAGGACUCUGGCUCCCAGCAGAUGUGGAAGCUAGCUAGAUGUCCCAGCUGCUGUUGAUCCUAUUUUCUGGCUGGUCACUGAGGAGGUGCUGAAGAACUCUGUGUUUUGGCCCUGCCAGUCAGUAAGACAGCGUUUUGCAGCAAGGACAUGAGUUAGGAUGACCCUUCUUUUAACAGGGAAGAAGAAACAUGCAGUGUUCUGUGGCUCUUGUCAUGAGAUGCUGGUUGGCAAGGCUACAGUUGAAAGAUUUGGGAACCUUAGCUUGCCAGGAAGGCCUGGUUAUGUCCUGUCUGUACGAGACCAAAAGGCAACAGAAAAGUGCCUGAAUUCCUGAGGGUCAUACCCUUUUGAGGUGGAGUUUCACAGAGGAAGCAGCGAAACGGGUGCUGAUCUCUGAUAACCUCACGUUGUGCUCUUGGUUUGGGUUUCUGGCCAGCAGACGAGAGCAGGGCUGUCCCCAGCGCCUCAGGAGCAAUUCCCGUGUGCUUGGGCUCAUCCACGAGCAUCGCUCCGUGCCUGCGGAGGCAUGGGAGAGCUGGGCUGGGCAGCCAGCUCUGCGUCGGUGACACUGGAGUGUGUGUAGGGGAGAGUCACAGACCUUGUUAGCAAUACUUGAAUCGUGUUAUUAAAAGCUGCUGGAUAUUUUUGCACAAUUCGUAGAUUUUUUUUUUUGUCUAUGUAGAACGUUUUAUAUUUGGCGCAGGUAGCGUUAUGCAUGUUAGCACCAGGGUAGAGGCUUGCAGCAUUUUGUGUCGAGCUGCCUGGUUAGGUUUCCGUGGGUCAGACGCAUGUAUUUCAACCUCAGGCAGAGGCAGCACAUUUCUGGGGGCAGCCUGUCCCCACUGAAUUCACCAGCGUCGUGCUUCGCACACUGUGAAUGACCGCGCCAGCCCAUGCACAGCUUCGAGGCACGCCGGGCGAUGGCAGAGGCACAAGGUUCCCCCGGCCUUACGUUUCUGGCUGGCUGCACAGAGAUCUCGGUGCUUCUUUGCUGUGCCCACCAGCUCCACCUUCCCCUCUGCAAAGAGCCAAGGUGAGAGCACGGGCGACGGCUGCUGAACUUCUACCGGAUCCCGGCAGAUGGCCCUCACCACCCGGGGAGGCUCCCGGUGAUGCUCUGCCAGCCGCCCCAAUCCUGCACCUUCGUGCCAUCUCACAGGCCAGGUGCUUUAGCGUGUUGUCCGUGUUGCAUCCAGAGAGGCCACCCUGCCCUUCCCUCCCCGCUUCUCCUGCAGGGAUGUCCCCAGCGGGGCUUGUCCGUGGCAGGCGUGGGGCCAGGGCGAGCCGAGCUGUGCGGAGCGGGUCUGGUGCUGGGGAGUGAGGAGCAGUGUGGGGGCUGUUCCCAGGGGCCAGACUCCUUCCUGUUUUUAUUUAAACCGGUUUCCUUUGUUACUCAACAUAAUAAAGUUAUAUUUUUAAAGAGUUAAUUGCUUGGAUUAUUAUUUUAUUCUUUUUAAGAGAGAAGAGGGCAGGUGUCUCUGUGUUUAACAGCUGUCAGGUGGCAGUUGGACUCUUUAUGAGGCCCAGGCCUUGCCUGGAAUCUGUUAGAACCUCCUGCAGGAUGGGGCUACAAGGGAUCCUUAGCAGCAAUUGGUGCUGUCGUGAGCCUUGCUGGAGCGAAGGGAUUUUUCUGUCCCAUGACUCCAGGCUGGGCAGGAUCUCACCUACUCGCUGAUCCCCUUCCUGCAGAAGCUGUCACCUCAGCAUCCUUUCCCCACCUACCUCGUUCGGUCCAGGGCUGUGCCAGGACCUGUGGUCCCCCGCGUCUAACCGAGCCCGCUCCGGCUGUACCGGCAGGUGUUGAGGUGCAUAAUCUCUG